UGUUAUAUCAUCAUUCAUCUAAAAUUGCAAGUAACCUUUUCUUCAGUUGCUAACAUUUGUAUCAAGUUUGAAUUUAGAAAAAAAUUUAAAUAAUUCUCUUAAUUUACUUGACGGACAACGUCGAACAUUAUUUCAACCAAUUUUUCAAAACAUAAUAAACAUGGAUGCCAUCGAUAAUACUUUCGGUAAUUAUGCCAUCUUGGGGGCUCACACUGCCAGGCCAAAGAAUUUCAAAGAAAUUUAUCAUCCUGUUCAACAAAACUUGAGAAAUUACAAUGCAAAAGAAAAUAGAACUCUUGUUAAAGGCUUGAUGAUCACACAAGGAAUGCACAUGCCACUACGUUUAGCUAUGGAACAAAAAGUGUUUGAAAGUGUUGGGCGUCUACCGAUUUUGAAGUCAUCGAAUUUACAUGCUGAAGUACUUAAUGACACUCUUGACACAGUCACUGAACGAGAUUACUUGAACCCAGCAGAGUACAAUGAAACAUUAGUCCCAUCAUUUGUAGUUAUGGAUAAAGAUUUAAAAUUUUAAUGAAUUAAUUUAUAUUUAUAAACACUACAAAAUGUUUUAAGACAUGUCAAUAAUCCU